AUGCCACUUCACUAUGCGGCCCGAUUUGGUCAUGUACAAAGGGCUAAACAGCUACUACAAUUGGAUAAAUACAUUGCAUAUGUGAUUGCAGACAAAGAUGAUAAGAAGACAACUCUUCAUGUAGCAGCUACUCAUGGACAUGUCGGUGUAAUGAAAGAGCUUAUUGCUAAGGAUACUAUCUCUACUGAAAACUUUGAUCUUGAUCAAGCAGUUUCAAUGGAGUCUUCUUCUUCUUCAACCAUCCCUCCCAAUCUUGCAAUGCUUACAUCCUUUUACAUAGAGAAGGUUAUACAUAAGUUCAAUGAACAAGAUCCAUGA